GUUAUUAGUUAGGAAGAAAGCCCAGGUAGAGCAUGGGCUUUUCCAUUUGUUUGUUUUAAGCUAACUGGCCCAACUACUUUCUUUUGCCUGCAGAUCCGAUCUAGCUAGCCGCUGCCCGCUGAGAAAGAUCCAUGCGAAUGACGUCAUACAUUUCUGUCUAUAUAUCCAAGGAGAGGGGAAACCAAGGAGAAGAAGGAGCGAAAAAAGACAGCGACCGACCAGCUAUGGAGAAGAUAGAGCACACAACGGUGCCGACCAACGGAAUAAACAUGCACGUGGCCUCAAUCGGCGCCGGCCCACGCGCCAUCCUUUUCCUCCACGGCUUCCCGGAGCUGUGGUACUCCUGGCGCCACCAGCUGCUGUCCCUCUCCUCCCUCGGCUACCGCUGCAUCGCGCCGGACCUCCGCGGCUACGGCGACACCGACUGCCCUGCUCCGGCGGCCCAGUACAGCUCGCUCCACAUCGUGGGAGAUCUGGUGGGCCUGCUGGACGCGCUGGAGAUCCAACAAGUCUUCUUAGUGGGCCACGACUGGGGGGCCAUCAUCGCCUGGCACCUGUGCCUGUUCCGGCCCGACCGGGUCAAAGCGCUGGUCAACACCAGCGUCCCGUUCUCGCCUCGCAACCCCAAGGCGUCGCUGCUCGCCGGGCUCCGGGCCGCGUUCGGCGACGACUUCUACAUGUGCAGGUUCCAGGAAGUCGGGGAAACGGAAGCUGACUUCGCCAAGGUGGAAACAGGGAAGCUGCUGGCCAAAAUACUGACGUCCAGGAGUCCAAAGCCACCGUGCUUCCCCAAACACGUUGGUUUCAGCGCCAUCCCCGACCUUCAAUCCCUGCCGCCCUGGCUGACCCAGGAAGACAUCGACUACGCCGCCGCCAAAUUCGACAAGACCGGCUUCACCGGGGCUUUGAACUACUACCGAUCCAUUGACCUAGAUCUUGGGAGUUGAUGGGGCCGUGGACAGGGGCGAAGGUGAAUGUGGCGACCAAGUUCAUGGUCGGGGAGCUGGACCUGACGUUGAACUUCCCAAGGAUGAAGGACUACCUCCUCAGUGGCGCCAUGAAGCAGGACGUUCCUCUCCUGGAAGACGUGGUCGUGCUCAAGGGCGUAGGUCACUUCCUCAACGAGGAGAGCCCCCAGGAGGUCACCGACCACAUCCACGACUUCUUCAAGGACAAGUAGAGUAGUGUUAUUAUUACUUGUCGGUACUAUGGAAGUAGUGUUUUGGUCCCAUCACUUUUAUUAUUGCAUAACGUAAGCAGAGUCCUUUUUUUUUCUCCCCCCACAGUACGUACGCAACUGUUCUUCUGUAUCGAUCGUUUCGUGCCCAAUUAAAUGGCGAAGGGAAGGACGACGACCCGCUUGUCGAUCCAUUGCCAAUGUCAUAAUGUACCUAGCUAGCUCAACUGUUCAUCAUUCCAGGAUGUAGUAGGAGGGAGAAGCUAGUCGGAACAAAGGUCGGGUCUGGAACUAUCUACAACUAACGAUCGACGAAGAAAGGGGGCGUAGGUUUGGCUGUUAUUGAGACUUGCUUGAAAG